AUGGUCAAGCCCACCACCUGCUGCGGCCGCUCCGACUCGUGCGUCUGCGCCGAAAAGGCCACUUGCUCCUGCGGCAAGCAGAGUGCGAUGAACUGCACGUGCGAGAAAAAGAAUCAGGAGAAUACCCUGUCGGGCGCCAGGUGUUCAUGCCGAGCAAGACCAGCAGGCGAAUGCACAUGCGACCGCGCAGCGACGGAGAACGCGGGUGUGGCGGGCGCGAAGUGCGCGUGUGGGAAGCGGAGUGAGGGGAGCUGCACGUGCGAGAAGGCGGCGGAUGGGGGGUUGUUGCCUGGCGAGGUUGACUUUACCACCAAGGCUUGA